CUGUGGUGCUGAAAAUAGACAAAGCUGCAGACUGUCUGCGAACGCCACGGGACAGUCAUCAAACCCAAAACCACGAAUCCCUUUAAACCCAGUUUCAGUUGAUAGUGUUGCGGUAAAGAUUUAUUGUUCAUUUCAACGGAAAUUGCAUUCCGUUUUAAAUAUGGUUUUUGUUUUUACUAAUCAGGGUGUUGUGUUUUAAGUACUAGGAAAGGCGUAGCCCCGUUUAUGGACUAAAUUUCAGGUUUUUUAAAGAUUGUAUGUGUAUAUUUUCGACACUGCAAGGAAAAGUUCAGUUAUAAAGCGUAUGAUGAUUGUUAAAGCUUUUAGUGCACCUUGUUUCGCGUCAUAAUACUCGUGAGAACAGCGGCUGUAGCAGUGACGAUCCCGGAGCCGCACAUCGAUAACGCGAUGUUGCGCUGAGAAUGUGGGAAAUCGCGAAAGGGGUGGAGUUCGUGUUCUUCACUUUACCAACGCUUUAGCGUGCUCACAUAGCUCUCACUGCAAGUGCGCACUUUCGCAUUCCUCUGCGCUCUGCAGCAGUCCCACUUUUCUCCAGUCCGCCUGGAAUUGUAGAGCGCAUCGCGGCUCAUCUCUGCUCCGUGUUUCUCCUUCCGCUCGCCGGGUUUCUGCGCUCAAACCUUCGUUGGAAAGUGAAGCUGCUGGAGGCAGCCAGCUUCCCCGCGCCCAUGGAGGGAGACGGGAUGGACAAGCUGGAGCGCAUGGCCUCUGUGUGCGAGUUCGACCCAAUCACCGGCAACAUCCCCGCCACCAAAGUGGAAAUCACUGUCUCAUGCAGAAAUCUGCUAGAUCGUGACACAUUCUCCAAAUCUGAUCCAAUAUGUAUCCUGUAUACUCAGGGAGUGGAGUCAAAGCAGUGGCGUGAGUUUGGGAGGACUGAAGUGAUUGACAACACACUCAACCCAGACUUUGUGAGGAAAUUCAUUCUGGACUAUUUUUUUGAAGAGAAGCAAAGUCUGCGUUUUGACAUAUAUGACAUUGAUUCCAAAAGUCCUGAACUGGCCAAGCAUGACUUCCUGGGUCAGACCUUCUGCACUCUGGGUGAGAUAGUGGGAUCUCCAGCCAGUCGACUGGAAAAGCCUCUGGGGGGCAUUCCAGGGAAAAAAUGUGGCACCAUCAUUUUAACAGCAGAAGAACUGGGGAACUGCAGGGACUGUGCCACUAUGCAAUUCUGUGCCAAUAAGCUGGACAAGAAAGACUUCUUUGGUCGCUCAGAUCCUUUCAUGGUGUUCUACCGGAGUAAUGAGGACGGAACAUUUACUAUCUGCCAUAAGACUGAGGUGAUGAAAAACACACUCAAUCCUGUGUGGAAACCUUUCAGCAUCCCUGUGAGAGCCCUCUGCAAUGGAGACUAUGAUAGGUCAAUUAAGGUGGAAAUAUAUGAUUGGGACAGGGAUGGCAGCCAUGAUUUCAUUGGAGAAUUUACCACCAGCUACCGGGAACUGUCACGGGGCCAGAGUCAGUUCAAUGUUUAUGAGGUGGUGAAUGCCAAAAAGAAAACAAAGAAGAGAAGAUACAAUAACUCUGGAACAGUGACGUUGCUUUCAUUCUCUGUUGAGGCGGAGCAUACUUUUCUAGAUUACAUCAAAGCAGGCACUCAGAUCCAUUUCACCGUGGCUAUUGAUUUCACUGCUUCCAAUGGAAACCCAUCUCAGUCCACAUCUCUCCAUUAUAUGAACCCGUACCAGAUGAACGCCUAUGCUAUGGCACUAAAGGCUGUCGGGGAGAUCAUCCAGGAUUAUGACAGUGAUAAGAUGUUCCCUGCGCUGGGCUUUGGUGCCAAACUACCCCCUGAUGGCAGAGUGUCUCACGAGUUCCCCCUGAAUGGUAACAUAGAUAACCCAUACUGUAAUGGUAUGGAGGGGAUUCUAGAGGCGUACCACGAGAGUCUCAAGACAGUUCAGCUUUAUGGACCGACUAACUUCUCCCCGGUCAUCAAUCAUGUAGCGAGAUAUGCGGCAGUAGUGGAAGACGGCUCACAGUACUUUGUGCUCCUCAUAAUCACAGAUGGAGUUAUAUCAGACAUGGCUCAGACCAAAGAAGCCAUUGUAAAGGCUGCUGAACUCCCAAUGUCCAUUAUAAUUGUUGGAGUCGGCCAGGCUGAGUUUGAUGCCAUGGUUGAGUUGGAUGGCGACGACAUCAGAAUAUCUUCAAGAGGGAAGCUGGCAGAAAGAGACAUUGUUCAGUUUGUGCCAUUCCGGGACUACAUGGACCGGACAGGGAACCAUGUCCUCAGCAUGGCGCGGCUAGCCAAAGAUGUCCUAGCGGAGAUCCCUGAUCAGUUAAUCUCUUACAUGAAAUCAAGAGGCAUCAAACCCAAUCAGACUCCACCAGACUGUAGUCCUGCUGUGCUUAGCCCAACCUCUAAUAUCUGAGUUUACACAGUCCCAGUUCAGACAAGACAAAACAGGCCUUACCUCCAGGCUUCCCUCUUCAUAUCUGGUUCUUUUCACAACCUAACAGGCAUUCUCUCUACAAGUGGACAUACUAUACAGCACAAAUAAUCAAGUAAUGGCCACAGGGUAAGACUCACACUCCAUACGUGUCUGAACAACAACCAGUGACUGUUUUAGAGUUUAUAUGCUUUGUUUGUGUGGCAAGAACCCUUUGAUUCACUACGAAAAAAUAUCUCAAUACUUGGACAGGACCUGGAUAUUCUUUCAAGCGUAGUUUACGUUCUCAUUUUGGAGUUUGUUCAGUAUGUGUUGUACAUAAUCUGAGACUUAUAGACUUCUAUUUAGGAGUCUGUACUGUAUAUCGUGAAAUAAGAGAUGCUCUCCAGAGGCAAUUGCUGUGUUUCUUCAUUUGUUUUCUGCUUGUGUGGCACAGCCGUAUCAGGAAAGGUUUAUAAGUGUACAAUAGUUUUAGGACAGAGUCAUAUUCCUAUGUGUGGCAGCCACUUUUGUAAAUAUAUGAUAAAAAUAGAAUAAUUUAGGUAACUACUAGUGGUUACAGUAAGAUAUCAGUUAAUUUUAACUACACAAUGCCCUUGAAAGGAUUGCAAUAUAGUAGAUUGUACACAUUUAAUUUUAAGAUAUAGUUGAGGAAUGGUGUUUUUAAGAUUUGGAGAACUAUUUGGAGAGUAACAUUUUUGAAGGUGGCUCUCAGUGCAGACUUUUGAGAAAUUAUGGAAAUAUAUUCAGGUAUCAAAAGUUCAUUUAACAAAACAUAUAAACCCAAGUGCAUGAAAAGCACAAGUGUUUUCUUAAUGCUUGAAAAUUUCUAAAGCAACAUAAAUAUAUAACAUUAUAUAUCACAGAAUUUGCUACAAGAGGCACACUUGUAGUUUAGACUUACUAAAAUCUUGCAGGUUCUUGAUAUCUUUGUUCAUUUUUUUCAUCUAAAAUUACACAAAGGCUCAUGCUGAAGUCACUAGGCAAAACUGUAAUCAUUGAUAAUAUUCUUAUUUCUAGUUUUUGACAGUUACAUCUAGAUGAGUGUGAAGUUAGAAUAGGUGCUUCCUGGGAGACUUACGGUGCAUCAACACUCUCGAAGAACAGCAGGGCUUAAUCGCAUUCACUGCCGCAUUCUGAUAUACACAUCCCCAACAAUGCUGGAGUUUUACCUGCGGUUUUUAUGCAUUUUUCUAUUAAAUUCUUCAGUGAUAACUGUGCAAUAGAUUAUGAAAAGGCUAGACUCAAACUAUUAGUGAACAUUAAUUGUGAUCAUUUAAUUAGUUGCAUGGAAUUUUCCAAUUCCAUUCAACACUGGUUUCAUAUGAUUUACAGUGACCUUCAAUUAGUCCAUUAAAUCAAAGGUCUGCUUGAUAGAGUGACCUGUGCUCUUGAAAUCCUGACCUAAUGGUUGAUUCCCUCCCCGUCCCUAUGUGAUGAUCUUUAUUGAUGUGUUAAUAUAAAUUGGGUGCAAUAACUGAUGUCUCAUAAAUGUUUAAUGAGGAUAUGCAUGUUAAAUAGCCUUAUGUUGUUACUAUUUGCAAAUAGCCUAGUCCUGAAAAUGGUCUGGUAAACCUCAGAAAGUGUGUUUGAUCAGAGUGGUACAGUAGGUUUACUUUAGAUGGUACCUUUUCAACAACCAAUUUUGCAUUGGUUCAGUCACAAUAAGCAUGUAUAGUAUUCUGACUUAUCUGGCCAAUUGAUAUUAUAAACAGUCAUGCACGUUAUUUUGGUAAACGUUUACCAGGGAAAGGCAUGAAUGAUUUGUUAGUCAUCCCAAUGCAUUUGCUCAUUUUGGCUGUUUCAAAUUUAGUCCACUUGUAAUCUUUUUUUUUUUUUUUGGUCAAAUUUUUUUGUAUUAUAAUUUGCCUUUAAUGAUUUCUUACAAUGAUUUGUGUACAUUUUUGUUGUAUAAACUCAAGUCAAGUGAUACCCGAUUCAGUUCAUAAUGAAGAGGAGCAAACAAUUCUUUCAGCACUAGCUACUGACUUUCACCGACUUUUUCAAACGACGAACAUCUGCUUGAGGAGAUAAAGAUGACUGAAACAUUAUACAAGACAUGUAUACACAAAUCAGUACCAGACUUUUUUUCUUUGACAUGAUGCCACCCAUCAAGUGCCAGUGCUUUCUACAGUACAUAUGAGAUGUGCAUGCUGGGACUAAAACAGUCUGAUGGGUUUUAUGUAACCUGCUUCCUCCUUCUCGCAUCUCAGCACUACAGUGAGAGGUCAUCCAUCGCAGCUUUUCGGCAUGAAACAGCUCAUUGUUUUUGGCUUAAUUAUAAUUUUUUGUGCUAUUCUCCUCUCUUUUCCACCUCUCUAGGUUUCAGUCAAUAUGCAUGAUGAACGGUUUUGCAAACCAACGUAAAGCAUUGAUGUUGUCAUUUCCAUGAAUUUUGUGAAGUUUGUAAUAGAUUACAUUAAAACGAAUAAAAAAAAACAA